AUGGCGGCGCCGAGGCCACAGCCAUCGCCGACCGCGGCGUCGCCGGAGCUGCUGGAGCCCAGCGGGGCGCGCCGCCCCCCGGGCCCACCCCGCCGCGGGCAGCUCCAGGGCAGGCCGGUGGCCUCGCUGCUGGCCGAGGAGCUCCAGCAGCUGCUCGCCGACGUCCUGCGCGCCGAGCUGUCCGGCGCCGCCGGCACGACGAGCGAGGCCCUGCCGGAGCGUCGGGCCCAGGAGGUGCUGGCCGGGCAGGCGGCCCAGACCUCCGUGCAGACGUUGGCGGCCAGGACCAGCGCCCAGGGCGAUGGCGGCGCGGCCGGCGCCGAGCAGAGCGCCAGGCCUCGUCCGAGCGUGGGGUUCUUGGACCAGCACGAGCUCAUCCGCGUCAAGCCGCCGGAAGCGUGGAUUCGGUCACGGAGCCAAUCGAACCACGGGCGCGUAUCGGUCUGGGAGCGCGUGAGGCAGAUGCGUGGGGCAGAGUAG